AUGGCCAUCUUGGCCAAGACAAGGAGCAGCUUCGGUAGCAACACCCGCGCGCUGUUGCAGGCGCGCAGAAUCCUGAAGCGCAAACAGGUGUUCCUGUUCCUCCGAGACCUCUACACGAACAUCGUGACGGACCACAAAGAGGAAAGCUGGCUUCGUGAAGCAGCUGAGGAGGAUGGCGAGAGUGACGAUGGCUCCAGUAACAGCGGGGAAGAGGACAUCGUGCUGGACGAGGAUGAUGAAGAUCUAAGGAUCCACGCGCCCCGCGAAGUGCGCGAACGUCUGGAUGACACGCACAAACCGCAGGGGCUGACCAGCAUCAAGGUCUUAGGGCACUUUGCGGAGUACGUGCACUUCGCACAAAUGGCCCUAAUGUCCAUCAAGGUCUUGGGGGUCAUGGUCCGCGCAGCCUUGCGUGUGAAGAGUAAUGCCCACAGCAUCACUGCACGAUCGGAUGCGCAGCCAAAGCGGACCACCAACAUCGAGCAGGCGAUGUUGACCAACAAUUUCAUCUCCUCCGCUCUUAGGGCCUUGUACCGCCACCCUACAGACCCAACGAUUACAAGAGAAACCUUGUUGCUGAUGAUUUACAUGGUCAAUGAGGAAGCGGAACACAACGAGCAUGCGCAGGCCAAACUGCAGCUCCUGCAGCCUCCGGAGCGGCCCUUCACGUUGUUGCUGACCAUUUCGAAGCUCAGCAGCUUAGAUGAUCGCAGCAACCUGCUGUUGUGCUUGCAGGUCUUCGUAACAAUCUCCACCUUUCCGGUUCCCAUCAUCCCCAGCUCUCCGCCAUCUCCGCCAUCGCCGCCAUCGCCGGAGCCGCCAUCGCCGCGGGUGUCCUCCAAGCGGCGGAAUUCGCGGAGGGGCUCCAGGAGAUCUUCCAAAGUGAAGGUGCAAACUGGCGUUCGCUUGGCUCCCGCGCGGGAACCUGAAGCUGCCCAGAUCUUGGUGGCGGUGCUGGAAGCCCAUUGGCGCGAUCAGGCCAUUUUCAAACUCGUUCUGAAGAUCUUGACGAUCUCUUGUGCCUCAGCAAGGGCGGACAGCAAGGGCAGACAGCAAGGGCGGGCGGUGAGGCGAACAGACGCAGCUGUGCCGCUGUUUCUUCGAAGCGGGGCUCAGCUCCGGCCUGCGGCGCUUCUUGCGGAAGGUACGACGAGGCAGUGGAGAGAGCUUAGAGAAACCAAGCCUGUGCGAUGUCACAGAUCAAGACGUCAGCGCUUGGCGGCUCUCUCCUAG